AGCACCUUGGAGAACUCCGCUCCACAGCAGAGCGCACUGCAGAGGUUGAAUCGGGUUUGUGCGUAAAAUUACGUCAAAUCCGCACGGAAGUACCAAAUGCUGCACUGGCGCUGGGCUGCCUCCUUGUCCUCACCCUUUGUUGACGAUAUUGGCUGGCGACGGUUAACUGUUUCAGGUUUGCUUGCGUCGCGUUACACUAUACCCCCCUCUCCUCGCUGCCAGGGUAUGUUAUGGAGGCUGCAGAUCAGAUUUAAAGGGACGCGUUGUGCUUCAUAUUCAUCCUUCGAUUGAUCGGGUUUCACUGGAUUGGCCGACGCAAAUGCCACUCAAUGGACUCUCCCAGUGUGCAUGGCUUGUGGUAUAAACAGCAUGGCCAUUGCACAUUCCAGCUGGUCUAAAUAUAUCUAAUAAGGCCACAAGAGGGGGAGCACUGGUGUAGGGGGUUUAUCCUGGGACGUUUCACUGUCGAGGUGAACUCGCACCACUUGAAUUACCUUCCGGAGAUUGGCAAUCGGUUGUUGUACCCACUGAGGAGAACUUGGCCCUAUCCAAAACAUGCCUUCGAGUAACAAUGUGAGAUCCAGGGCGCGGGAGAGAAACAGCGUCCUGAGCAGACCUGAGUUCAUAUCCCUGAACCAGCCACUCCGUGGCGGCGGCAGCGGCGGCGGUGGUGGCGGAGGCGGCCCCUCUGAGAGCCGAGGCGGCGCGAAGCGACCCGGUCAAAUCAAGCACCAAAUAAGUCAGCCGAGUGAAGAACCGGCAGACAGUGGCAGCAAGGACAAGGACAAGAAAGAGCCCAGUAAAAUGCCAGAAGAAGACUGUAUGAUGCUGAAUCCUUCAUUCAAGGGAAUAGCGAAGAACUCCCUCCUCGCCAUUGACAUCUGUCUGUCCAAGCGCAUGGGGGUGUGCGCCUACACGUCGUCCUCCUGGGGAGGCUGCCGCUCCAUGGUGUCCCUGUUAGCGCUCACAGGCCACGGCAUCACGUGGGUCAUUGGCACUAUCCUGUGUCUCACGAGGAGUAACACUCUGGCUGGGCAGGAGGUCCUGGUCAACCUGCUGCUUGCCCUCAUUAUUGAUGUCUUGACUGUGGCUGGACUCCAGAGGCUGGUGAAGCGCAGAGGACCCUGGGAGAUGAUGCCGAGCUUCAUGGACUGCGUCGCCAUGGACAUCUACUCCUUCCCCGCUGCUCAUGCCAGCCGGGCUGCCAUGGUCUCCAAGUUCCUGCUGUCUCACCUGGUCCUGGCUGUUCCACUUCGCAUCCUGCUGGUGCUGUGGGCCCUCCUGGUGGGCAUGUCCCGGGUGCUGCUGGGGAAACACCACCUAACUGAUAUGGUGUGCGGCUUUGCGUUGGGCAUGCUCCACUUCAGCUUGAUGGAGACGGUUUGGCUCUCAUCAAGCACCUGUCAGACUAUUAUUUCCAUAAGCACACUCAGCUGGAGCCCCUUUUUCUGAGCUUUUGAUAUAAGGCUAUGCUAGCGCACAAGGCUAAUUUGAUACACUAACCUCGCAGUGUCAAGGACUUAGAUCCGACGAAGUUAUUUUUGCAAGGGUCCAAAGUUCCUAUCGCAGGGUGUGAACUGAGAGGCAUUCAAAUUUGGAAUAAAAUGCUGGCUUGCAUGUAACACCCAAGACAAGCAUGUCAAGACCUCACAAUGCCUUUGUAAUGCUUCACAAAUCCUAUUAUCUUCAGUUAAACGUUCUGAAACACACCUCUACUGCUCCUUAAUUUAAAUUAAGUCCUAAUAAUGAAGCAAGAAUUAAGACUAAUGCAAACUGACAAGGAUUUGGUAAAAAUGUACAUGUAGGAUUUUUUAAGAUUUCUUUUUUUAGAUGUUUUAUUUUCUGAUUCUCAUGCAAGUAGGAAAGCUGGGACUGUUCAUACAUAACUGAACCUCUCUUGAGUCUGUGUGCCUCUUCCUCUUUACCAUCUUACUUUCUUUCACUUCCUCCUUCCCUGCUACGCUUUUCCUCUUUUCUCCUUUUUAAAAAGUAUUUGUGCUUUUAUUUUUCAAAUAGGGAUCUGCUUGUACGGCGUUGGACACUGAAGAGUUUGGUGUAAAGUACAGUGAUGGUUGUUUGGAUAUUGCACAUUGUUUCUGAUUGGCAUGACUAUUAUGUUUGUACAUUUCUGAUGGGAUUCUGUUCUUCUUACUGAAUGUUUAUCAAAUAUGAACUUAUUUUGAUGCUUUUGAAUUUAGCUGCUUGUGUAAAACAAUUGUCACACUUGCACAGAAUUUGAUAUUUUUCUUAUACGGUCAAAUAUAAUGUCCUUUCAAUGUGCCAUUUAUGCUUUAAUGGGUUUAAAUCUCUUUUUUUGUUUUGCGCAAAUAUUUCUCACUUCAGGCUGCUGCAGUCUGCGCAUCAACCUAACAGAUGCGUAUGCAGUGAUGCUUAUUCUAUGCCCUACCAAACAAACAAACCGUGUGUGUUGAUAUUGGCAUACAAAGUAAAAAUAUCUGUUUGAAAUGAACAAAUUAUACCUUUUUUUCCAAAUGCGUUUACUAUGGACCUUUGAAUGAAACCUGCUGGGUUUUUUGUGACAAACUUUUUAGUGGUUUGGUGUGUAAAUACAGUUUUGUGUACAUUGGUUUGCAUUGUUCUGUACAGGGAUCUGUAUGCCAUGUUUUUACUUUGUUUCUUUCCAUCUCACUAAUAAAACGAGGUGGGGUGUCAGUAAAA